UUCGUUGUCUUCUUCUUGAACUUGGUUCCUCGCUUCCCAUAGAACUCUGAUAAAUUUACUCUUCCCUCCUCCUCUAUAUGAGCCAAGCCAACUCCAUUGCAACUAGGUAAUAAUAAUAUAGAGAAAAUUCGGGUUAUGGCAAAAUUGGUUAGACGAAUCCCUCAAUUGGGUAUAAGAUACCUGAAAUGGAGCUACGUUAUUCUGAAUCAAAACACUCUAAUUACUGAUCAAGUUGAAAGUCCAUUUUUUCAGAUGAAAACAGCACAAAUGAUUCCAUGCCGAAGCUUCAGUGUGACUAACAGAAGAUUCGUCAAGGACGAAACAAUGUCAGAUGAACGACACGCCAACCGUGAUGUUAGAAAUAAUAGGCGCCAAAUUGGGGAGAAUAUUUCGGGAAGGGAUAAGACAAAGUUCUUAAUUGAUACCCUAAUGAAUAUCAACGACAGUAAAGAAGCAGUUUAUGGAGCACUGGACUCAUGGGUAGCUUUGGAACAGAAAUUCCCCAUUGGAGCUCUCAAGAAAGUAAUACUUGUUCUUGAAAAAGAAGCACAAUGGCAUAGAACCAUUCAAGUGAUUAAAUGGAUGCUUAGUAAAGGAGAAGGAACAACUAGGGCUACAUAUGGACAGCUUAUACGAGCUUUAGAUAUGGAUUAUAGGGCAGAAGAGGCUGAUGUUAUUUGGGAGAAGAAGAUAAUUGGGAAUGAUGAUCUUCAUACGGUUUCUUGGCAGUUAUGUCAGCUUAUGAUAGGUGUGUAUUACAGGAACAAUAUGCCUGAGAAAAUUAUAAAGGUUUUUAAUAGAUUGGAAGAUCUUGGACGCGAACCGCCUGUGAAGUCUAUAGUGCAGAGGGUGGCGAAUGCUUAUGAGAUGUUAGGUGAAAUAGAAGAGAAGGAACGGGUAAUGGAGAAAUACAAGGAUUUGUUUAGUGAUGAGACAUGGAAAGGAAGUUUGAAGAAGAAAUCUGGUUCAAAGAAGAAGAAAGUGAAAGGAAAAGAUGAUGAUGAUGAUGAGUUUGUGCCUGGUCCCAGAUAAGUUGAGUCAUGUUUCUUUGACAAUUUGUUGGAGCUUGUUUGAUCACGAUUCAAGGGGUUAUUUGAAGAAAAUCGGGUUAUGGUUUGAAAAUAUUGUUGCAAGAAGGAGUGAAUUAAAUUAGGGAGUCAAUGGUGUUAAAGAAGUUUACAAGAUUGAAGAAAAUCCUCAUUUAUUGAAGGAUUCUUGUGAAUUUGGCAUGAUGGUUCUUAUUUGAUUGAUGUAGCUCAACAAACUUGCAUCAUGGCAAAUGGAAAUGUUAGGGAGUUUUAUUUAAUGAAAAUUUUGUGUAAGUAGAUAAAAGUUUUAAGUAAUAAAUAUCUAUUAAAGUCAAAUGUUUCCUUUUAUGAUCUAAUUGG